AUAAGUACAACGCAAACCUUCAAAUAUCCCAAGGACACCAGCCUCUUCACUUAGCUUCUCCGAAAAAGGUCAAAAGUUUCAUGGGGUCGUGACUUCUCUUUCCAUCAAAUUGAAGAGCUCUCGAGCAUCGAUUCCAAUCGGGGGGCAUACACAAGAAGGGACAGUGUACCAACAACGUGACGCCAAUAGCAAUGGCCAGGACCACUUCCCUUGAAUUUUUCCCUUAGGACCAUGUCCUUUAAAACGGAUCUCUUUCGCGUGCCGUCACGUCUUUGACAUUGCACGAGACAAAACGACAUGUACGAGUGAGGUCACCUCCUUUGUCGAGGAGUUUUCCGACUCGGCUUGGAUACGACAACACGGGCAUCGUCGAAAGCGUACAACUAAAGUCUCGAGACGGCACGGUCGCAUGCGGCUUUCCUUCGACGGGGUGGAUACGCCAUACGGAGUGAUGUGGAAUUCACCCCGAGAUCCAUGUUCUUCGGUUGCUCUAGUUCUAUUCUGAAUUUAGACACUCGGGCCAAAUUUGGGAGUCUAUUAUGUCUUCCUUCUUCGUGGCAUGUAUAAUUAUUGCGGUUAAAAGUUCUGAAUCUUUUGUCAAGCAAGAUCGCACUUUCCCGGCUCUUGAAUUGAUCUCACAAAUCACGUUUCUCUCCGAAGCUUAUAUCCUGUCCACUCAACCUCCUAAGCUUUUGCGUCUUUGGCUCGCCCCCUAUCUUAUAACCACAGCAUAUUCGUAAUCGGAUAUACUUAUAAUUGCAGAUGUUUCGCAUAGCGCGUAUAAAUACAUAAUUUCGAAGAUAUUUCCCCUUAUUUUGAAAAUAAAAGGAGCCAUGCCAUAUAAGAUUACUGGGAUUUGAGGGUGCUAAGAGCACAUGAAAUCUAACUUCAAAUGGGAAGAAUUCGUGUUAGUAAUGCAUGGACAUUGCUGAUACAUCUCUCCUAGAUGCGGAAUCAUGAAUAUAAUUUGAGAGUGCGAACUGAGAAUUUCGGCCUAUGGGCCGUUUGGUCCGAAAGAUCCAAAUAGCCCCGCCCUCUAUCUCUCUCUCCGCGCGAAGCCUCACACGCAUUUUGUCAAACACUUGACAUGCAGCCAAUUCGCAACGGUGCGUAGCUUUCGUACGCUUCAAGCUCGCUUACCGUUCUCUCUCUCACGCUCUCUCUCUCUCAGAUUCCUAAUCCGUCGCUACGUCCCUCUCUUUCUCUCUCUCCAUCUACCCCCUCAUAAACCCCGCCAUUUGAUUCUAUGCUCAUUUAAAAACCGGACCUUUCUCUCUCUCGCUCUUUUUCUCUCUCGAUCAAGCUACACGCGAAUACCCUAAGCCAUGCACCCUCACUCCUACGCCCUCGAUUCGCUCUCCAGGUCCCAGGACCUCGCCGCCGCCGUCCUCUCCUCGUCGUCGCCCCCCCAGAUCCUCUCCGCCUGCGCCGCCGUCGACUCCUUCCUCCGCUCCCACUCCCACUCCCCCGACCAGUCCCGCCACUUCUUCUCCCUCGCCUUCCCUUCCCUCGUCUGCAAGCUCUUUGGCUUCGGCGACGACCCCGCUUCCUCUCCCAGGCACGGCUGGAUCGACACCGUCCUCGGCUCCAACGACCCCGAACUCGCCUCCCGGGUUUUCGGCCUCUUUGCCUCAAAUGGUGCCCUCAUGAGCUCGAUUUUCGCCGUCGAUCGGCUUGGGCUCGUGAAGUUCGUGUUCCCGGACGAGCGGUUGCCGGAGUGGGCGCGCUUCAUGCUCGCCAACGCCAAGGACGGCCGCGUGCUGGGUGAAUUGUGCUCUCUGUUUAGAGGUAGGAUCAAGGAGGGCUCGGCUACGGGCUCUUCGUGUCAAGUGCAACUGAAUGUGUUCGAGUAUUUCGUGUUCUGGUUCGCUUAUUAUCCUGUUUGUCGGGGGAACCGUGAGAAUUCCGAUCGUGUUUCGAUAAAGAAGAGUAGGAAGUUUAGGUUGGAGAACUGGACCGGUCCCAUUCGUUGUUUUUCAGGUGUGAAGCGCGGCAAUGAGCGGAACAACAAGUGUAAUCUAUAUUUGUGGUUGCUAUACGCGUAUUUACGUGCUUUUGUGCCAGUCAAUGAUGCAGACGCGCAUCAACCGUACCGUAGCUCGAUUUUGCAUUACCUAACGGAGUGUGAUGGAUCAGUGCUGGUGCAAGCUGAGUUCUUGGUUGACACUUUGAUACACUAUUGGCUGGUUGAUAACGAUAUCUCACCCGUACCUGCAAAUAUAUGCAAGUCGUUUGGUGUGUCAAUUCCAUUUCGUUCGGUGUUGGGAGAAACUCCGCCAACUCCAGGACUGGGGGAAGUGGUGAAGUUAUUUGUGAGGUAUUUGAAUUUGAGUGCUGUUAAGGGUACAGAAGGGAUUGAUAAUGUGGAGAAUAGUGGAGGUCCAAGUUGGAAAGUGUCGAGGUCCUUAGAUACCAUGAAGUUGAGGGAUAGUGUAAAUGGUUCUCAUUUGCUUUCGUGUGGAUCUUGGAAUUGGAAUUUGCGUAUUCAGAGGCCUCUGUAUCGGUAUAUAUUGCGUACAUUUUUGUUCUGUCCAGUGGAAGCCUCCAUCAAGAAUGCUUCACAAGUGUUCUCUGUUUGGGUUAGCUAUAUGGAACCUUGGUUCGUCAGCUCAAGCGAUUUCGCUGAGCUUGAUGCAAUUGUUGGUGGAUACGCGAAGAAUGAGAAAAAGGAGGAAUCUCUCAUUCAAGAGGGUGGAUAUUCAUCUCGCUGGCAAGGUUAUGUUUUGUCCAACUAUCUCUACUAUAGCUCGUUGGUUAUGCACUUUGCAGGCUUUGCUCAUAAAUUUCUUCACACCGAUCCUGAAGUGAUUGUACAGAUGGUACUGAAGGUUCUGUGUAUACUGACAUCGUCUAAGGAGUUGCUCAAUCUGAUAAAGAAUGUCGAUACCCUAUUUCAUAUGAAAGAAGCUGGUUUUGGCAAAUCAGCAUUGACUGACUUGUAUGGAUUCAUUCCAUCAAUCCGAGAACAGCUACAGGAUUGGGAGGAUGGCUUAUGCGAGAAUGAUGCUGAUGGAUCCUUCUUGCAUGAGAACUGGAACAAGGACCUGCGGCUCUUCAGUGCUGGUGAAGAUGGUGGACAACAGCUACUCCAGCUGUUUAUACUCCGAGCUGAAGCCGAGCUGCAGACCCUUUCUGGCGAUAACCUCGCACAAAACCUUCAACACAUAGAUUCUUUGAAGGCCCAACUUAGCAAGUUGUUUGGUGGUAACUUCUUUAAGCCUGUGUCAGUGACUCCCGAAGUGCAAGAGCAGCGGUCAUCUCGAGAUGGAAUAUUCAGGCCCAGAAGAGUGGUCCAUAAUGCAUUUGCUGAUAUCAGGUACAAAGGUGACUGGAUGAAACGUCCCGUGUCAGACAAUGAAAUUGCUUGGCUUGCGAAUGUGCUUGUCGGGUUGUCGGGCUGGCUGAACAAGGCUCUUCGGCUAAACUAUGUCGAAAGUGGUGAUGCUGCUGCUACAUGGCCGUUUGUCGAGGUGUCGGGUGACAUUGCAGAUGUGUGCGGACCUGUGAAUACGAUGAAAGUACUACUGUGUGCAGCCGGCUCUUGGCUUCUGAUGUUGGGUGGGGAAGUGGUGGGGUUGAUGAGAAAGCAUGGCGUGAGGGUGAAUCUGAGAAUAUUAGCGUCAAAGAAGAUUGUGAUGGUCUUCAUCGUCUAUGGUUUGUUCGUUCUGUUGAAGAAAGUUGUCGGGGUAUAGCGAAGUCGAUAAUGAAUACACAUACUUCAUAUGGAAAAGCGGAGAGUAGAAGCGUGCAAGAUGUAGAUAGAUAGCAACCCAGAGUUUUGUUUCUCUUUUCUUGAUUUGGUCUUUACGAGUUUGGAGUGAUGCUGCUUUUGGUAACCUUCUUGUAAUUAAGUGAGAAAUGCGCAGCGUGAGAUUACUCAACUUCCCGGCUCAUCGAACGUCUUUUUU